UGGAUGAUCAAAAAUAUGAUACAAAAUAAGUCGAUGCCAUAUGUGGACAACGAUAUGAUCACUGUAUCCAAAAUGAAAAUAAAAAUCCCGAAACAGCCGGCGCUUCAUAAUAACCAAAUGACACGAAUUUUGAUGUAUUAUUUGGACCCAAAUACUAACCAAUUAAUCGCCGACUCGUCAGCCUUUUUGACCACUUGUAUUGAAAAUAACAAACAUAUCACACAAAUCAGUGGCACUACUGACUCAGCUACCGGUGCUCUAAACCUAAAGCUGAAGACUGAGGGCCGAAGUGCUACCUGUGCUACGCGUGUGUCGCAGAAUAAGCCCUACUAUUCCCUAAAGAGAAUCAAUGAAUUCAUCGAUAAGUUUAAUGUGAGACAAGAGUUUCAAUCGAAAGAUAAAUGCGAGAAAAUGUAUGGCUUGAAGAAAAUGGAAAUGGAGUCCAAUUAUUCGCCUUAUAUGGCACCGUAUGGCUUGGACUCAAUGGCUACCAACACAUAUGACCCGGUUAUCAAUUAUGGGGACGCGUGGGACGCGUUUAACUCGAUGGGUCUGGCCGUCCAGUCCAACACACAACUGGACGACAGUCCCUGCGAUUGGGAUCUCUAUCCCACAGAUAUUCUCUCGCAGUUGAAUGAACUGAAACGAAACAAUCAAAUGAAAUAUGUGAUCAAGGAACAAAUGAUUAACAAGCCCUAUGCUAUGUAUCAAAUGCAGGAUAUGGAGAGAUCCCUAUUCAAUGAAGUUCUCGACUGGAAUGUAGUCAAUACGGACGACAGCACCGGUAGUAUUGAUCGACAAAUUAGUCACGAAUUAGUGCAGAGUUCUCAGCAAUUAUACGCCGACACCGUAUGUGUCAAUAAGGGCACUGGCAUUACGUAUGCCAGUAGUGUUAUCGACACAAAUGGACAGCUAAUGAACAAAAAGAAACAGUCGGUGCGGAUGACUGUGAUGUCGGCCCCCAUGGAGGCUAGGAUUGGCGAUUCACUUGUUUAUAAAGUGAUGGUUGAGCCCAUGGCACCUUUAUCUCAAAUGAGUCAAUGUUUGCCAGUUGAGCUGAUGGUGGAGCCCUCGGAAUACUAUGAUUUAAUGGCUGCUAACCCGAAAAGUCAGUGCAUUUGCGGCCAAACUGGUCAACCAAUGCAAGUGGUAAUUAAGCCUAAGAAAGUAGGUGCCAUUAAAGUGAAACUUAUGGCCAAGUAUGCCACUGAUAUGAUGGCAGACACACAAUGCUCUCAAACGAUAUACUCUUCACAAAUGACCACUUUUGAGCCCCAAAUGAUUAUCAAACAACUGGCCAUUAGUCCGAUGGGCAUUGUCUCCAACAAAUUCAACCAUCAAGUUGUCUGCAAUAAUCACAAUAAUAUUGUGAGAAACACCGAAUCUGACAUAAAAAUCCAAGACUUGUCACAAAUGAUGUCGAGCUCCGACAUCAGCAGCAAUAUGAUUGUCACGAACGACAUACUGGAGCCGAUGUACACAUACAUCAAGAAGACGAUGUCUGUUCAUAAUCACAACGCCAUGGACUCCCUGUCCACAUACUCGGCCGCCUACUAUCUCUACCAAUACCUCAACAACCAAACCACGAGCUCAUGGAUGCACAAGAAAUCCGAUGUAAUGGAGGAGAUGUCUCGGGCCUACCAGUCCCUCAUGACCUACCGGCAUAUGGAUGGGUCGUACGGUAUGCUUAAGUCUCGGCACCGACACGACACCACCCGAAGCGAGUUGGGACUGACUGUCAGUGUGUUCAAAGUGUUGGCCCAAUCGCGGCCAUACAUGGCUUACUCCGAGCAGAUGGUGAACGGCCAGAGAGUCAACAAACUGAAGGAUACCUUGCGAUGGAUUUACGGACAACAGGCUACCGAUGGCUGUUUCAAAGUGAACCGGGAGGCCAGUCGUGUGUACAAUGUGUGGCCCAUGAACUUUGAGAACGACUACCAGCUCACGGCCUACGUGUUGGCGUCGCUACUAGAGUCAGAGAACGACUACCAGCUCACGGCCUACGUGUUGGCGUCGCUACUAGAGUCAGGCCUGGACUAUAGCUCCAAACCAUUAUAUAAGGCCUACAAUUGUUUGUCACAGAAUUCGCAGCAGUUUUUGACAAAUAUUGACUUCAAACCACUCACGGCUAUACUUUACAACUAUAUUCAGAUAUUGAGUGGAAAUACGUUAGAGUCGGACGUCUGGAUGAAAGCCGUGAAGAAAGCGAUGAUUAAUCACAACAAACAUAAUGUUAAUAAAAACGACGACGAGGUCAUGGAUGAGGUAAUGGUGUCCUAUUUGGCGCUGUCAGCCCUCCUGUCCAACGAUAAAAGUGGUGCCAAGGCUUUCGGUGAGCGCCUGAUCCACGUGCCCAACGACAUGUCGGCCCUCUGGCGCACACCUAUCAGUUGCUACGCUAUUACUAAACUGUGGCCCGUUAUGGCUAAUAUGAGAUCCCCGGCCACUGUUGAGACUCAGCAUAAUAUUCAGAGCACCGGUAUGAAGAUGUCGAUGAAGGGAAGGGGUUGUGUGAUGGUAGCCAACACUGCCGUUAAGACCCAAAUGGCCACAAAAGGCACGUAUUUUGACAUCAAAAUGAAUGGUUUGGAUAACGGAGUCGUCAGUUGCAAUAACCGGCGACUGAAUGUCUGUAUUGAGGAAAGGGAGACAUUUAAUGCGACACUACAUCCAGUGGUUAUCAUGCAAAUGGUCACCGGUUUUGAAGUGGACCGGAACCUAUUGAAAAAGAUGAUGGACGACACGGAAGUGAUAACCAAAUACAAGAGACGGGGCCCGGAAUUGAUGCUAUUUAUGCGUCCGAUGUAUAGACAACAGCAACCGAGUGGACAGUCGUCCUGUUUCACAGUACCGGUGAUACAGAAGCACGCGAUGUACGGCCAAAACGAGGCCCACAUUAAGAUAUACGACUCGUUCAAUGAGGACAUCAAUGACGUGAUGGCCUAUAAGAUACCCAUUGAGUGCCAUAUAGUGUCUCAAUAAAUAACCGGAUAAUACCGGCCAUAAACUGGGGAAUGGGAAGUGAUUUUAUUUUAUUUGUCAUUGAUGUUUUAUUAGCCAAAUAUAUGUGAAAAACAUUACCAAAUAUUACUGAUAAUAUAUAAAAGUUUGUGAUAAAGUUAAUAAAAAUUGUUUGAUUAUUGGAAAA